UGUUUUGGUAAGCGUUGAGUGACCCAGAUUGCUUCAAAAUGGCUGACAAGGACCCAGAUCAUCAAAAACCUCAGGAAAAUAGCCCUCAUGGAAUGGAACCAUAUGAUCUUGGUGGAAAUGGUGAUCUUGGAGCGUUGAGCAAAGAGCAACAAGAAAAACUUAAUAAGUAUAAGAUAAAAACCAGAAUAGAAAAUGAGAAGUACCUCCGUGAGCACCCUGAAGUGGAAUGUCUUGUCUCAGGAUUUCUCCAGUCCGUUCUGACACAGAGGCCAGAAAACAUCAGAGAAUUUGCUGCAGAGCACUUUACUGACCCAGAUCUGCCCACAGAUGUAGAGAGGAAGCUGGAGGCUCGGCAACAGAAGAUCCGCCAAAACAGAUUCCUCCAGAAAGUCUAAUUUGUCCAAUGUGAUCAAACAUCCAUAGAUAAUAAUUAUGAGCCCAUUAUUUUCAUCCAUUUUUGGAGUUUUGUGUCAAUUAACCUAGAAUCCCAUUUAAGUUACAUAUUGUCCUUGCUGGUGAAAGUUUUGUUAAUGAAAUGUUUAUCUUCAUUAUAACAGUUCUUUGUUGAAUUACAAAACAAAAACUUUUGUUUGUGUUUUCUCCACAAAACAUGAAUUACAUGUGUACUGAUUUUGAGGAACAGCAUAAUCGUUAACUUGUGUAAGGCCAAAAAAAGUUAUUUGUUUCCACUAACAUCUCCAAAAAAAUUGAGAACUGGGAUUCUGUACUCAACCAACCUACAACAGGGUAUAUCAUGAUUGUAGGAAAUUUAAAAUGGUCAAUUAGGUGUUAGUGGAAGCAAUUUUAUUGAACGCCUAAGUAAGAAAGUAAAAAAGUAGUAAAAAAUCAUGUAUUUAUUAUUAAUAUUUGUUGUUCCCUUCUAAAUAUUUUGUCUCUGUACACCUUAUGUUUAUACAUACAUAAAUUAAUAAACUGUGAUAACUUUGCCCUCUUAUAAAUAUU